AUGAGUACCGCUAUCGUUAGACCCAUGAAGCGCCCCGGCACGGGGCGCUUGGGCACCCCCGUCGAGCUCGACACUAACUUCUUCCCUGCCUCGCUCCCAUCCGGCCUCGUCAUUUCUCAGUAUGCUGUCUCCAUCUACCGCCAACCCAAGCAAGGAUCCUCUUCCGCAGAGAUGGAAAACGUCGCAUCGACACAGCCCGUCGUUUGGAACAAGGCCAUCUUCCGCGCCUUUCUCAGGCGCAACCAAAGAGCCCUCGGCCGCACCCUCGCCUACGACGGACGCUCCAUCUGUUUUGCCUCAAAAGAGGUCAGCAGGGAUUGCCUUGCCGUUAAGUUCCCUUUGACCGUCGACAGGGACGGCAACGAAGCCCGCCAGAAGCCAGGCGAAACCGCCAAAAUCGAACAAGUUGCCGUCGAGAUCAAGCACGCAAACUAUCUCAAGUUCGACGACGUCCUCAGCGGUCGCGUUGGGGAUUCUCUAUUCAACCAGUAUCUCACCGCGGUCGACGUUGUCAUUAGCGCUUCACAUAUGACCUCCCACGUCCAAGUCGGCCGUUCAUUUUACAACGCAAGCGGCGCAAAGCCCCUCGGACGCUACUCCGUCACCGCCAGCGCCUGGCGCGGUUUUUACCAGAGCGCCCGACUCUCGCCAUCAGGCCUGCUCAUCAACUUGGACGAGUCAUACACGGCAUUUUGGAAUCGCGGCGGAGAGCCGCUCAUCAACCUGGUCCGGGAUGCUAACAAUGGUAGAGACCUUAAUCCUAAAGACCCCAGGGCAGUACGCAGUAUCACUUCCACCCUCAAGGGCCUCAAGGUCAGGGCUGUGCACACUGGAAUUACCUAUCGCGUGUUUGGAUUUUCGUCAAAGGGCGCUGGACAAAUCACGUUUGAAGUCGACGGGGAGAGGAAGACUAUCGCCGACUAUUUUCAUUCGGCCUACGGCAUCAGGCUGAGGCAUCCGAAUCUGCCGUGCAUUAAGACCCAACCUAAGAAGGAGACUUAUCUCCCCAUGGAGUUGCUUGAGGUCUCGGAAAAGCAGCGCCUCAUGGGCAAGCUCUCAGAGGACCAGACGCGCAGCAUCGUCAAGAUUGCGAGCACUCGCCCAUCGAACAGGCGCACUGCCGCCGUCAACACAAUGAAGCAGCUCAACCAUAGCAACGACCCGGUGUGCAAGGACUUUGGCAUCCAGGUCAAGCCCAAAAUGAUCGGUGUUCGCGCUAGGGUAUUGCAAACUCCAUUUAUACGCUAUACAGACAAAGUUGUCAAGCCAGAGAGGGGCGCUUGGAAGGCCCCACGCGACCGCUGCCAUCAACCGGGAAACCUAUUUUCGUGGGCCGUGAUUAACACCUCUGACCUAAGGGAGAGAGACCUUGCCCACUUUCUCAAAGAGCUCUGCACACGAGCGGCCUCGGCAGGAAUAAACAUCCCCAACCAGAAACCUAAGAUCGUGCAGAUGCGCCGCAACUCGCGCGUCGACUCGGAGAUGAGGACUCUCAAGCACGACUUCGACACGAUCGAGUCGCUCCGUGUUAAGGGAGCUCGUCUGCAGCUCAUAGUUGUGAUCUUUGAUCGCCGAGACACAGAUAUGUAUAAUAGUGUUAAGCGAACGGGCGACAUCGAGUUGGGGGUACCCUCACAAGUGCUCCUGAAGAAGAACCUCAUUUCGGAUCGCGGGCUUUCCAUGUUCUGCGACAAUGUCCUGCUGAAGAUGAAUGCUAAGAUUGGCGGCGGCAAUUUUAAGGCGCUCCGAUAUCAGGAUAAGGGCAGCGUGAAGAGAAACCAUAUGACUGAUCCCACUUUUAUCAACUAUCCUCAUAUCGUGCUCGGUGCGGAUGUCACGCAUCCUAUGGCCGGCGAUUCGAAUCCGAGUGUCGCCGCCCUCGUGGGCAGUCGUGACAGCUACAUGGGGCAGUUUUCGGGCGCAAUUCGCAACCAAACCGGGCGGAAGGAAGUCAUUACAGAGCUUGGAGAUAUGUUCAAGGAGGUCUACUCGCGCUGGUAUGCAGGAUUUGGAAAGCGAUUCCCUGCAGCGGCGAUCAUCAUGUUUCGAGAUGGUGUGUCAGAGGGGCAAUUUGAGGAAGUCAUGCAAAUAGAGGUUGCCGCCAUACGCAACGCUUGCCUCCAGAUAUCAUCUUCUUGGAAACCUAAGAUUACUUACAUCAUUGUCACGAAGAGGCAUCACGCUCGCUUUUUCCCACGAUCCCAAUCAUCAGGUGAUCGCUCAGGAAACAUUGACCCCGGUACUGUCGUCGACACUGGCGUUGUGAGCAGCCAGUUUUACGAUUUUUACCUUAACUCCCACGCAGGGAUUAUCGGCACCAACAAGCCCGCCAAAUAUACUGUGCUUGUCGAUGAAAACAAUACUCCGGUGGACGCUCUUCAGGGGUAUAUCUUCCGCCUUGCUCACUGUUUCCAACGCUGCAGUCGCUCGGUAUCUAUGGUGAACAGCGCAUACUACGCCCAUUUGCUCGCGUUCCGAGGCCGCGCGUAUCACAAGGACAAUUCGGAUUCUGGAUCUGUGUCAUCAUCGCAUUCGAUUGUCCCUUCUGCGCCGAAGUUUCAUAGAUAUGUGGAGAACAUUCUCUUCUUCCUUUAACUUUUGCAUUCGAAAGACUUACGGGUGGGGACCACAUAUCUUCUCGAAAGUAUACGAACGUUCAGCUUCAGUGCAGAAGUGAAAUAGUGCAUCAGGUGUAACUGACUAAGCGAUCAAACAGUGAUCAAAAAAGUCAAAACAUGACGAGAUAAGUGCAGCAGUGUCGGGAAGCUAGAGUCAAGGAUCGGUGACCACGGGCCCCAGAUCUGGACCUUCAAUUAUCUUUUCUGGUCUUCUUACAUUGCACGAAAUUUAAGAAAAGAAGAAAUGCCCUCAACACGCAAAUGAAUUUCCAUCCGGAUAAGAACUACACUUACCUUCUGGCCCUUGCAAAACAUCUGGUGGGGAAGAACAGCUGGAUACCCUUGAGAAAUUGUUCCUUUGAUAUGCUCUUUAUGAAUUACCACACAUUGUAAAAACCCAUGAUGCAGCAUAAUCUGCUCAGACUUCUUGGGCUUUCAUUGUACAGUACUCAAGACUUGCGAAAGUUGUACUGUAAAUGCCGCGGACAAAUACGUCAAGCACAUGGUGAUAAACCAAUGGUCUA